AUGGAAGCAGGUUGGAAGUCAAUGAAAAAAGAUCUUUUAGGAAAGAAAACUUUAGAGAAGUAUCAACUUAAUAACAUAUUCAAGAAUCAGAGAGAAGAAGCUAAGGCACUUAUAAAUAUGGAAAAGCUAGAACGCUAAUUGAGUUCUAUUUAAUUCUUAAAAAUAGGGUUAAGUUAAACGGAAUCUACUGUCAAACUAAACUUCGAGAGAAUAGUUGAAGAAAUUACGAGGGUUAAAACUUGGACACUAGAAGUCAGGAGAUAAAAGAUUGAAGAAAUUAAGAAUCAGCCUUUUUGGGAGAAGGUUGCAAAUCUAGGUAAAAUAGACUACAAAGAAUAAGUUGAAUUAAUGAUGGAAAGAUUGAAAAUGAUUUAGAAAAGGCAGACCGAUAGGAAGUUUAUUUUGGCAAAGUACAAAGACUCUUUCGUAAACUUUGAUGCUAAAGCCUUGCCUCUAGUUUCAAAUUUUAAAAUCUUAGACAUAAAAAGAUUUGUAGCUCAGUAUGACUACUACAUGAAAAAGUUUUCCCCGAUUCCUAUGGAGUUUUGUCUUGGAAUGAAUCUAAAUCUAGGUCAGAUAAUUAGUCGCAUGAUUUAUGAGUAUUUGGGAGAACAAUUAAAAAUACUACCAAAAUUCAAGAAAAAGUUUGAGAUAAAAAAUUAAAUACUUAAAAAUGCUGCUAAGGUGGAUUAGUACUUUCUAGAUAGAAAGUUUAGAAGACUCACUCAUAAGAAGAUAGUAUUUGAUCCUAAUGAUGUCAGAUUUCCUGUUCCCAAGGUAUAUUUUUACGAUCUAAGUGCUGAUUUCGUAAGAUAUCAGUACAUAUACUGGAAGCUUGGAUUUUACUUCAAGCUAGUUAUUAAUGGAGAGAAAUUUGAGUCUCUGAUUAUUAGAAAAUUAAGAAAAAGGCAGUUUAAAAAGCCAUCUCAUAUAUAAUUUAUUGGGAAACUAAAAAGAUUUGAUGAAAUCAAGAAACAUAAAAAGUUUAAGGUUGAGUUAGCAAAUAUUCUUGAAAUUACUGAGAAAGAAGAAGAGUUUUUUUACAUCAACGACAACAUUUCGAAUGAAGCUAUAUAUCUUUAUGAUAGAAUGAAAAAGUAGUAACAGAGACCACCGAUCUUUUUCCUUGAUUUGAUGGAAAAUACUGAUGAAAGUGAAAUAGAUAGUAUAUUAAACCAAAGUUAGCAAAGAUCAGAAACUAGUCAAAGUGAGGAGUCAAUAAUAACAGCAAUUUUUGGUUAAUAAUAGUAGUCUGGGAAAUAUCCAACUUUAUCUGAAGCCUCAUCUGAUUCUUCCUUUAAAAUUAUGAGUAAACUGCAACCAGCUGAUGUGUUUAGCAUUUCAAUAAGUAGGAAAAAUAAGUCUAGGAAAUAAAAAAUCAUUGAGAAAUAGGAAGAAAGCGAAAUAGAUGACUUAACAGAGAGUUUUUCCUAUUUUAAUUUCGAUUCAAGAAAGAGACUGGACAAAACCCGGAGACAUAUUAAUAAUUAAUAAAAAAGUAAAUUUUAUCAACGAUUUCCCUAGUAAAUUAAUCCUAAGAAAAGAAGCAGAGAAGAUUUUGCUGAUUAAUAUAACUCUCAAUACCAAUCUCAUAAUAAUUAACCAAAGCUUAAAGAUGAAUAGCUUUAUCAAUAUUUUGAAAAGCAGUAAAACCCUCAAAAGAACUAGCAAUUUUCUAAAUGCAAUUUUAAAAAAUUUAAGCCAAAUGAUGUUAAUAACACUGAUCUAGAAAAUGCUAUAGCAUCUUAAUAUGUGUAAUUUCCUCUGUAAUAAAAUAAGAGCUUCUUUGAUGAAUAAGUCUACCAAUAGCAAAGUAACUAUCACCUUGGUGAUAUGCUAAUGAAAAAGCAUGAAAAUCUUUUCCCUCCACAAUUAAGAUAAUCGCUUGGUUUGGAUUAUUAGCAAAGAAUGAAUGAGUAAAGGUAGUAUUAUUGGCAAAGCCCACUUAGAGAUCAUAGAGCAAAUAUAAAUCAAAACUUUACGAAGCAAUCAAGCUACAUUAACUUAUCUCAAGGCAGAAAUUCGCUGUUGCCUUAGAAUAUAGUCUAAUUACCAUUAUAGAGUUCUUUAGAGUUUUACAAUAGAUUUGGAUAGCCAUUGUAGUAACAAGUUCAAAUGCAAUAUAAUCCCUUCAACUCUGUUCCAAGUGAUCAUUACUAAAGCAAGUCGAUGCUUCCUAGAUAUGAGAAUAAUGGUUAAAUCAGCUAUUAGCCGCAAAUAAAUAUUACUCGCCAGUCGAUCGGGUCUAAUAAAAUGACAAUAUUUCAGCCGAUCUAGCAAAUUAAUUAAGCCUAGAUAAAAUAGCCAAGACCUACAGCUCAUAUUCUUUAUAACUAGGAUGAGGAUUCUGAAAAGAUUAAUUUUCUGGGAACUGAUGAGGAACUCUCAGAUCAAAAUCCUAAUGACUAAUGGUAUGAAAUAGUGAGAGAUAAACCAACAUUAACAAGAACUUAAGAUGACUUUAAAAAGGAAGUAAGGAAGAAAUAGAAAGAGGAGGUAAAGAAGCCUUAAGAAUAAAGGCUGGGUCUCUUAAAUAACAAAAUACCUUUAAAAAAGUUACCCAGAGUAUAACCCUUUCAAAAAAGUACUCCUUUGCAUUUGUGA